UUCAUUCUUCGUUUUUAGCUCCACCGGCAUUGAAGCCCCGCUGUAUUUGCAGGGUUAAACUUAACAGCAAACCGGUCCAUCCCUCGCCGAUCGUACAAUCCCCCAUCUCAGUCGAUCUCGGAGUCUCAGACCCUGAGUUCCUCUCUCUUCCUUCUGUAUCUCUGCGUCAUCUCAUCUAUUUAUAUAUUGAUCUAGGGUUUAUAUUAGAUCCGAACAGGACGUAAAUUCUUCCAUAAUGUCUGUCUUAAUUCAAAUAUAAGUAUCCGAUGGCGAUAACCAUUGAGAGCUCGAUUUGGGAACCAAGUCCAUUCAUAUACCUUUUCCUCUUCCUCUCUUGCUGCUUCUCGAUCUUUCUUUUCCCUCAUUUCUCCAUUUCAAGCAGAACAUCUUCAGUCUUCGACCAUGGAAUCGCUUCCUCGUUUCUUCGUUUUCAACGGAAGUUCCUCCUUCUCUAUUCUCUAUCUUCAGUGAUGGAAGGCUUGUGGUUCGCGUUUGGCGAGUUCGAGUUAGCUUCUUAUGGAGUUGGCAGGGAGCAGAUGAUUAUAUCUCUGUGUUUUAGAUAUGCAGCGUCUCUCUUUGCUAGUCCUUUUCUUGGCGUGAUUUCAGACUUGGUAGGUCACAGGAAAGUAUGCCUAUUUUUUGGCAUCCUACACUUUUUUGUUGCCAUAUGUAAGAGGGUCUCUGAGUAUCCAAGCUUUUUUGUCACUGGAAUUUGUCUCUCUCUUGCCAACACGAUAUUUUCAUUCAGUUUUGAGAGUUGGAUGGUCACUUUGCAUGAAAAGCAGCAAGGGCACAGGCAAGAUUCUCUUAAUGACACAUUUUGGUUAAUGGUUUUCUUUGAGUCUGCUUGUUUUAUUGCCAGCCAAAUGUUUGGAAAUUGGCUAAUUGGUGGUAAUUUCGAGAAAAAAACUGCUCCUUCCACUGCAGCCAUCUUCCUUGCAACAGCAUGUAUCACUUUUCUUUCCCGAGGAUGGGCAGAAAAUCAACAAGCAAUAUCUUUUAAGGACUAUAGUAUGUCCUUCUAUGCAUAUAUAUUAAGUGAUAAAAGGAUAUGGCUUUUGGGAUGGGCACAAGCUUGCCUUCACUUCUCCAUUGGAAUUUUUUGGAUCCUCUGGGCGCCUACAGUAGUGGCUGAUGGGCGAGAAGUGCAUCUAGGAUUGAUUUAUCCAUGCUUUCUGGGCUCAAGAAUGCUAGGAAGCACUAUAUUUCCUUGGCUGACAAGUGGACCUUUACCUAUUAGGACUGAGGACUGCCUAGUAUAUGCAUACAUCAUACUAGGUCUUGUCCUGUCUAUUAUAGCUUACGAUUAUCAGGAAAUUGGAGUUCUAGUGACGCUUUUUAUCCUGUUUCAUGCUUGUGUCGGGCUCAUAUUACCAUCACUCGCCAGAUUGAGGACCAUGUAUGUGCCUAAUGAGUUGCGUGGAGGGAUGAUGGGCCUUUCUCUUGCCCCUGCUAAUGCAGCAAUGCUGCUUUCAUUGGUGCAAGGUGGCUACAAUCGAAAUGCUGGGAAUGCGUCAUUGAUGGCAUUUGGUGUGUUGGGACUAUUGACUGCAGCUGCUUCCAUGCAUGCCUUGAAGCAAUGUGGGAAGCAACCAUAUAAUAACUGGCGUAAACAGUGAAUACAUACUGCUGCUUUGGAAGACUUAGGAAAACUUGAUGAAAGUGAAUAACGGUUAAAGUCUUAAAGAUGUUGGCCUUGGCUGAUGCCAAAGCAUGCACAAGGCGAAAUAAAUUUCAGAAAGCGGAUAUCAUGCCCAAUGAGUACCGAGUGCAGAAGGAACUGACUUUGUAGUAGUGUCUGUAAGGACCAAAAGAGAGGCUGAACAAGAAAAUAUCUCAGUUUAAUUCUCUCUUUGAACUCCUAGUCCAUGAGAUGAAGUUCGCUUUUUUGAAUGCAUCAGCUUUACCGAAGUCAUGCGGGCCUAACAGGUGUGUGUUUGUACUGUUAUGCUGUAGCCUGCAUCCUUUUGGAGUAAAUACAUUUGGUUUUGCUUCUGGAGAUCUGGCCAGCCACACAAGUGUCUGGAGCGGAUGACAUGCAGAUAUGCAAGUGCUUUUGGGAGUGCACUGCACCUAGAGUUCAGGAGGUGGAAACUAAUAUCCAAGUUCAAGCAUGUUAUUCAUUAGAUGAAGAUACCAUUUAGGCACCGCGAUUUAAUCAUCCUGUUCUUGAUCUCUUAUCCACUUUGUAGCCACCCAUUUCUCCCCUUUUAUCACUGGGCAGCUUCCAUGGAGUGAUGUCUGCCAAAGUAUUCAUGAGAAAUCGUAAAGAACGCAAGAAAAGCGACAUUGUUAGGUAAUUAUGUGACUUGUAUGCAGUGCUCAUAAAAAAGUCUCUGCGCGAGUAAGAGUGUGUAUCUUUCUCUAUUUUCAAAUUUAUACUAGGAUUUUUCUUAUUAACCAAAUAAACGCAUACAAAAUUUCUAAUCUUUUCUGUUUA